UCAAUACUCUGUGUCAAAACAUGGUCAAAAUAGCUGGCUGGCUUGCCCCAUUUGCCCCACCUAAGCCACUAUGAUUCUCUUCCCCUCUCUUCUUCAUCUCAAGUCAAAGCUCUCAUCUUUUUCUCUCGCUCCCACCCCUUCUUCUCCUUUGUUCUCUGGUUCUCCCUCUUCCCUCUCACUCUCCCCGCCCUCAUCCCUCCUCCUCAAUGUCUCCCUUCUUCUUCUUUUUCUUUGUUUCCCUCGCCUUCCCACUUUCUUCCCUCUCUGCAAACGACACCGCUCUUAAUGCUCCCUGCCCUCUUAACUUCACCGUCCUCAAUGUUGUCGCCGGCGGUGACCAGCCCUCUCUCGACUCCAGCACUUCCUGCGAUUUCUCCCGCUCCGCCAUCCAUCUCGUUCAGUCCGAUUACCUCCGUCGCACCGGCUUCUUCCUCCCGCCUCUCAACUCUUCCGAGACCUGCUGGGAUAAUUUCCAGAAGUUCAUCAAUCAAUACAUUCCCAACUUCAACGUUCGAACCGCUUGUGGCUUCCAAACAACCUGGAUCUCCCAGGGAUGCCAGAACAUCACCACUAAAGACUUCGUGUCUCGGGUUCCCGCCUCGGUUAUUCAGGAUGUCGGGCGGAAUUGCAAUCAGUCCCUCGAAAAUAACUCCCCCUGCGCCCUCUGUACUACGAGCUUGUCGAAUGUGCAACCUUAUGUGAAAGGAAAUUCGACCGGGAACGUCUCCGAUUGCACGGCCUAUCCCCCAAUUUACGCCGCCGCUUAUGCUAAUCAGGCUGGACCCGCCGACAGAGGCACUGCCCAGUGCGUGUUCCUUCUGAGCUUCAAGUCGCCGGCUUCCAAGGGUAAUAAACGAACGAUUGUUAUUGUGGCGGUUGUGAUUGUUUGCGUAUUGGCUUUGUUGCUGGUGAUUGCUGGGUUUUGGCUUCACCGGAGAUCGAAGGAGAAGGGCAAGAGGGGUAUUAGUAAAACUGAGGUGGUUGUCGUGUCUGGGUUGGAUUCUAUGAAGGAGAGCACCACUUUGAUUAGAUUUACAUUUGAUGACAUCAAGAAGGCAACCAGGAACUUCUCUAGGGAUAACAUAAUAGGUAGAGGAGGAUAUGGAAAUGUGUAUAAAGGGUUUCUCCCAGAUGGAACUGAAGUUGCAUUGAAAAGGUUCAAGAACUGUUCUGCUUCCGGAGAUGCAAGUUUCACUCAUGAAGUUGAGGUCAUUGCCAGCGUCAGGCAUGUAAAUUUAGUUGCUCUGAGAGGUUAUUGUACGGCCACAACCAAUUUAGAGGGUUACCAGAGGAUUAUCGUUUGUGAUUUGGUGAAGAAUGGGAGUCUCCACGAUCACUUAUUUGCUUCCACAGGAAAGAAACUCAGCUGGCCAGUCCGUCAGCAGAUUGCUCUGGGCACUGCAAGGGGAUUGGCUUAUUUACACUAUGGGGCUCAACCUUCCAUCAUCCAUAGGGACAUUAAAGCAAGUAAUAUCCUUCUGGAUGAGAAGUUUGAAGCCAAAGUAGCAGAUUUUGGACUUGCUAAGUUCAACCCUGAGGGAAUGACUCAUAUGAGCACGCGGGUAGCUGGAACGAUGGGCUACGUUGCACCAGAGUAUGCAUUGUAUGGACAGUUAACAGAAAGAAGUGAUGUCUUCAGUUACGGUGUUGUUCUUCUUGAGCUUUUGAGCGGGAAGAAGGCUCUUCAGAUGAACGAGGAUGGCCAACCCUCAUCUUUGAGUGACUUGGCCUGGUCAUUGGUUAGGGCAGGUAGAACUUUGGAUGUCAUUGAAGAUGGCAUGCCAGAACCGGGUUCGCCAGAAGUGCUUGAGAAGUAUGUGUUAAUAGCUGUUCUUUGUUCACACCCUCAGUUAUAUGCCAGGCCAACAAUGGAUCAGGUCGUGAAGAUGUUGGAGACUGAGCAAUCAGUGCCGUCAAUACCAGAACGGCCAAUUCCUCUCGUUGCCGGAAGGAUUGAUAUUGAGAGAUCUGCGGGCAGCUUUGGCGGCUCUGGUCAGCUCUCUAGUCCAACAGGUUAUCGAACAUUUGCAUAUGAAAGUGAAUGCCAUUCUUCUAAUUCAAAAGAGGAAGAAGGAAGUUCUGAUUCGAGAAUACCGAGUACAUAAUAUCUGAGAUGUUGAAUUGUUUUUCACUACUUAGUAUAGGCAUGAUUUGUUUGCAGAUUCAGAUUUGUAAA